AUGACGGGAGUGGAGCAGUCUCCUCAGAGAAGACUGCGCUCCAAGGCUGUGGAUGACCUGUUGUCCCGCAUAGCAAGUCUAGAAUUGACUCAUAAGCAAACCCAGGCUCAGGCUGUGGCUGCUGAAUUGGUGGAGGCCAGGACGGAACUGAAAAACCUGUUUAAUGCUAAAUCUGCGAAGCUUAUAUUUCGCUCCAAGUUUAAAGCUUAUGCCCAUGGGAACAAAGGGAAUAAACUGAUGUCUGCCAUGGCUAAGCAACGCCACGCGGAUUCAUUUAUCCCCACAAUUCUGGACGCAAAAGCUCCCUCCAUUAGCCCCCUCCAAGCCUCUCAGCUAGUCGCCCCUGUGUCAAGAGAAGAGAUUGACAAGGUCCUAUCCUCCAUACCAUCAGGUUGGGUUUAUUCUGUGACAGUGACAAGCCCUGAGAAAAUAGUAGUAGGAAAAUCCAGCUCCACCGUGGUCCUACCUUGUCUGUACUCCACUACCGUGGGUAAUCAAUUUGUGGUAGAAUGGAAGUUUUUAGCCGGAAACGGCCAAUCAUCAAAAUGGCAGCAGAUUUAUUACUUUUCUGAUGGAAAGACGUAUAAACCGGGGUCCCAGGCAGACCGUCUGACUGCUGUCCAGAACCCCCCAACAUCAGGGGUCGCCUCUAUCCAGCUGACCAAUAUCGCAUGGUCAGAUAAUGGCACUUAUGUUUGUGAAGUCAAUAAUCCUCCUGAUUUCAGCGGCAGUGGAUCAGGCAUCAUGCAGCUGUCGGUCCUCGUUCCUCCAACUUAUCCAACAUGUCAGUCUAAUGGAAACACCAUCACAGGCCAAGAUGGCACCCUGACCUGCUCCUCCACUGGUAACCCCCCGCCCAUCUACAGUUGGUCCAUAGUGGGCGCAAAAACUGCACUUCUGCCAGGAAUGAUGGAAAAUGAGAUAACGGGAUCCCUACUGCUCACUAACCUGUCUGAGCCGAUGUCUGGUACUUACCGCUGUACGGCCUCCAAUGAAAUGGGACAAGCCACAUGUCAAGUGACCAUAUCAGUAUCAAGUGCCGGUGAAGCCGGGGUUGUGGCCGGUGCUGUGGUUGGGGUUCUCCUGGCGCUGAUUGUCAUCGCUGCGAUUCUAUUUUAUUUGCUCUUUUAUAGAAAGAAAAGAAAGGAUGCCCCAAAAUCUGAUCACCCAGGAAAUGAAAUCAGGGAGGAUGCUGUGUCUCCAAUGAUGAGUGACGAGCAGAGGCGUCCCAGGGACUCUCAUCAUUCCCGAGGAUCCCAAGACAGAAGCGAGAACCGGGCACGGGUUGUGUAAUAUAUAAAAAGUGAUGUGUGGG